AUGUCGAGCUACGAGGAGCUCAAGCGGAGGGUCGCCGCGCUGAAGCAGGUGGACCGCGAAGAGACGGCGGCGCGCAAGGCGGUCGCCGCGCAGGAGAACGCCGAGGUGGCGCGCGCCAAGGCUGCAAUGCUCGCCAAGGAGAAGGAGAACGACGAGCGACUGCACGCGGCGAAGAAAGCGUUGCACGCCGCCACCGAGCGGUCGCAGGCGAUGCGCAAGCAGUACGAAUCGGAGGUCAAAAAGCUGCAGCAGAAGCUGGACGUGACGACCGGUAAGCUCGCGGCGUCGGAGGAGAAGGCGUCGCGGGACGCGGUCGCGGCGGAGACGCGCAGGCGCGACGCGCUCGCCGAGGUGAACGCCCGAUGGGAAGCGGACGUCGCCGAGCGCGAGGCGCGGCGACGCGAGGAGACGACGGAACUCGCGCGGCUGCUCGAGGAGGCGCGAGCCAAGUCGUCGGACAGGACUUCGGAGCUGCUCGUGAGGGCGACGCAGGCGGAGGAGGCGGCGACCGCGGCGAGGGCGUACUCAGCGGCGCUCAGGGAAGAACUCGAAAACUUAAAGGCGUCGGCGGCGAACGAGAACGCGGCGCGGGACCGCGAGCGCGAGGAGCUCAUCGCCGCGCACGACGCGAAGGUGCUCGCCGUGGACGCGCACCACGAGAAGCGCGUGGAGAAGCUGCGGGAGGAGCACCGCGCGACGUUAGCGGCGGUGGACGAGAGGGUUCGAGGGACCAUCGGGCGGAUGAGGGACGACAACGCUCGGCUGCGGUCGCAGCUCGCGGCUUCGCAGGAGCGGGAGGGCGCGCUGUCGAGGGUGCUCAGCGACCAGGCCGCCAGGCUCCUCAGCGAGGCGUGA